AUGACCAAGGCCUUCGGCCACAUGAUGGCUACGUGCCCCAUGGACGUCCAAGCCUAUGGCGCCUGCGUGGCCAAGAUCGAAGGCGGUGUCAACCGUGACGCGUGCGCCAAGGAGUUCGCCAAGCUCAAGCUCUGCUUCGAGCAUGCGGUCAAGGCCGCCAAGUAGAUAUCCAGCAGCGAUGCUCGCAGCUGAAGAGACUCAAAGCCAUGGACGUUUUGGGGUAAUCUUGCAACGAGCUCGAGUCU